CCGGAAUUCUGCCAAGCCGGGGGCGGAUUGGGCGAAAGAGCCUAGGGAGCCCCCGCCCUUCCCUGCUGCUCAGCGUCACGCGUGACGUCCUGGUGAUGGAUGGGAGGAAAGCAGAGAGCUGUGAGGAAGGCGGGUCUGAGAGCUGCUAGAGGCUGAAACCCCGGAAAGCAAGAUGGGUGACUUGCCCUUGGAUAUCAACAUCCAGGAACCUCGAUGGGACCAAAGCACAUUUCUGGGCAGAGCCCGGCAUUUCUUCACAGUUACUGACCCUCGAAAUCUGCUGUUGUCCGGGGACCAGCUGGAAGCUUCCCGAAACAUUGUGCAGAAUUACAGGGCUGGUGUGGCAACCCCAGGGCUCACCGAGGACCAGCUAUGGAGAGCCAAGUAUGUGUAUGACUCUGCAUUCCACCCGGACACAGGGGAAAAGGUGGUCUUGAUUGGCCGUAUGUCAGCCCAGGUGCCUAUGAACAUGACCAUUACCGGCUGCAUGCUCACCUUCUACAGGCAAACGCCGACUGUGGUGUUCUGGCAGUGGGUGAACCAAUCCUUCAAUGCUAUCGUGAAUUACUCCAAUCGCAGUGGGGAUGCGCCCAUCACCGUGCGACAGCUGGGGACAGCCUAUGUGAGUGCCACCACGGGGGCUGUGGCCACUGCUCUGGGACUCAAAUCUCUCACCAAGCACCUGCCACCACUAGUUGGCCGAUUUGUACCCUUUGCAGCUGUGGCUGCUGCCAACUGCAUCAACAUCCCCCUGAUGAGGCAGAGGGAGCUGCAGGUGGGCAUCCCAGUGACUGAUGAGGCAGGUCAGAGGCUUGGCCACUCGGUGACUGCUGCCAAACAGGGAAUCUUCCAGGUGGUGAUAUCGAGGAUUGGCAUGGCGAUUCCUGCCAUGGCCAUACCCCCAGUGAUCAUGAACACGCUGGAGAAGAAAGACUUCUUGAAGCGCCGCCCCUGGUUGGGAGCACCCCUGCAGGUGGCGCUGGUAGGCUUCUGCCUGGUAUUCGCCACACCCCUGUGCUGUGCCCUGUUCCCUCAGAGAAGCUCCAUACAUGUGACCAGGCUGGAGCCGGAGCUGAGAGCUCAGAUCCAAGCACAGAGCCCCAGCAUCGAGGUGGUUUACUACAACAAGGGCCUCUGAGGGCAGUCAGCCUCAGGCUGCUUCUUGGGGGCCACCUUAUAAUGCUACCACUUGUUUAUCUUCUGGGUCAGGGGAUUUGAGGUGGGAAGCAGCCUCUGAGGCCAGCAAACCCUUUGACACUCCUUAAGCCUCUUCUCUCCCCUCUGGUGUCAAAGAGCAAGUCACAAAGCCCACCCCUCCCAUGCUUGUGUGCGCGCAGACACACGUAUGUGACACAUGGAAGAGUUUAUAUAUAUGGUAGGCUUUUCUAGGAUGUCUUAAUAUUUGGCUUCCCUCCCCAGUCUCCUGCCCACCUCACAGCAAGCCAGGUCAUACAGGUGACACUUCCUUCCUUAAAGUGUUCCUCUGAACAAGACAUAUCCCAUAGUACCGUACCCUUCUAGAUACAGGAGAAGCCCCAGAAUCCCAGAGCAUGGACUGAGGGCCACCAGCACUGAGAGCCACCAGCCAUGCAAACAGACCUUAAUCCUCAGGUUUUGAGUAGGUGGCUCCAAAGCCUGGUUCCAAAACCUGGGCUGGCACAGGGAUUAGGGAGGCAGAGGACUCAUGCCUGCUGGGCCCACAUCCUUCCUCUCUUCUCUUCAAGUAAAAUGAAGGGAUGUCAGUAGCCUGUGCUGCCCUCCAUACUACAAUGUGGGUGCUUUUAGGGAUAGUUGUAGGCAUUCUUCGUCUAUUCUGAUGUCACGACUCAGAAAUCCCACAAUUCCAAUUCUUUCCUUAAUCAGAAAGCUACACAGGCAGAGCAAGCAUUCCCUUUCACGAACUGCCACCACCCGUACCCACUUGUAGCAGAACUGGUGUGUGGGAAUGGUGCUUAAACACAGGCCUCACGUGUACAACCUCAAGACAGGUAAUUCUGUGUUUCAUUGACCCUCCUUAGACAUUCGCCACGCCUCAGCUCCUUCCUUCCCGCCUAUCCCAUCUCUGGAAGAACCCAGGGGCUUCACAUAUGCUAGGAAAGUAUUCUGCCGCUGAGCUACAUCCCGCUCUCCUCUCCUCUCCUCCUCUCUUCUCUUCUCUCCUCCCCCCCUCUCUCCUUCCUUUCUUCCACUUGUUUUUUCCAGAUGAGGUCUCUCUGGGUAGCUCUGACUGUUGUGGAGCUCACAGUGUAGACCAGGCUGGCCUCAAACUCAGAGAUCCACCUGCCUCUGCCUCCCAAGUGCUGGGAAGAAAGGUGUGCGCCACCACCAGCCCAUCUCUUUCUCCUGCCUUUGGACCAAAUGGAAGAUGGGUUUGGGAACGGCAUAGGAGGCAGCGGCUUCACGGUGCAGAUUAGAUCUCCACCCUGAAUCCGUGGCCUCCAGCUAAAAAGGUGAAGGGGUGGGUGGGUGAAAAGGUCCCGGUGACGUCCGCGGACCGCCUUGUGCUUUCACUGACCACUCCCUCCAGUGACAACAGCUGACCUGUCAUGGUGUCAAUAAACUGCAAUCCUGGCUA